AUGUCUCGAAGAGACUCGGACAGUCAAGAAAGGGAUUUGCAGGACGAUGUCUCGACCACUUCAUCUGUAAAGUCUGAAAGUUCGAUGACGACUGACUCAGAAACUGAAGAAAAAAUGGAUCCAUGGAUACCUCUAAUAGAAGAAGCCAAGCAAAAAAGUAAUACAGAUUUUCAAGAAAUGAAAGAAAGCCUUAUAAACACUGGCCUGGAUGAGCAAUCUGCUAAGGAGAAAGCUUACUCGAAUAUUAUGCCUAUACUCCAGAAAGAAUUGGAAAAUAUUUAUUUGGAACGCCUUCUCCUUCCUGUUGACUUGAUAGCAUUGACGAAAACACAAUUCAUCAAAGAAAGCUUACCGCGUCAAAGAAAUUCUCACAGCAUUAACGGUGAUCACAGCAUCAAGAUGGUGCUAAAAUCGUUUUCGUUCUUCUUCGGUUUCUUUAUAUGGGGAGUGCAAAGGUACAAAAAAGGUAUAAAACAGAAUGGAGUGUACAAGAUAGAUCCAGACGGCAAGGGCAGUUUCAAUGUUCGCUGUGAUAUGACGACAUCUGGUGGAGGAUGGACGGUGUUUCAACGUCGUAUUGAUGGCAGUGUUGAUUUCUACCGAGGAUGGCAAGAUUAUAAGCAUGGCUUUGGUGAUUUGAACGGAGAAUUCUGGCUUGGUCUGGAAAAAAUCCGCAGGCUUACAUCUGCUUCGCAAAAUGAGCUUCGUAUUGAUAUGGAAGACACUUCUGGGAACAGGAAAUACGCAGAAUAUGGUUUAUUUGCUGUGACCAGCGAACGCCAGAAAUAUCAACUUAGUCUUGGGACUUAUUCUGGCAAUGCAGGAGAUUCCUUCACUGAACACAAAGGAAUGUCGUUCUCAACAAAAGAUUCCGACAAUGAUAGACAUAGCAGCCACUGUGCUGUGUCAUUCAAGGGUGCUUGGUGGUAUAGUGACUGCCAUUCAUCUAAUCUCAAUGGUCUUUAUCAUCAUGGUGCAUACAACCCAUAUGCUGAUGGUAUCCACUGGCGUACGUGGAAAGGGUAUCAUUAUUCCCUGAAAUCAACAUCGAUGAAAAUCCGUCCACGAGUAUUUGGACUGAAAAAAUAA